AUGGAGAAGAUAAUACGACUAUUUCCAGUCGACCGAGCAAUUGGUGCUUCGAAUGCCGACGCCAUACACGAGGAAUUCGUUGCCAAAAUCAAAGGAAGGAUCGGUGAGCAACUUCGCGAAAUUGCCCAGGCCUUCUCGCCUUCGGGUCGUUUUGCUGAAGGUGUCCGCGAUGGUGGAUCGACCACGAUCACAUUUGAUGAUCCCGAAUACGGACGACACGAUCCCGACGCCUCUUUUCAGGACCCGGAUGCACAGUAUGCUGGGGUGGUCGUUGAAGUCGCCUAUUUACAGAAGGCGCAGGCUUUGCCACGGUUGGCGGAUGAACAUAUUCUCGGAUCGGACGGUAAUAUUGAGGUCAUGGUUGAAUUCAACAUCGAGUACUCGCACAAAUUAGCUACGUUGUCAAUACUAGACGCGUACACCCGUUGCAGCUAA